GCUGUCUGCCCCUAACUGCGUCGGCUCUGCGCCUGUACGGAGUCCUCACGUAGCUAUAAAGGAGGGUCUCUUCCACCACGCCUUAGCCAUCCUCAUCCAUCCAGGAACAAACUCGCCACCGCUUCUGCUGUUCCCACUGCGCUCCCCUUUUAGCCUGUCAGCUCUAGUAUAUAUUGUUUAACUAUAAGUAACUAUAUUGCUUUUUCCCCUACGACGAAGCAGCCGGAGUGUCCUUACCUCGCGAAGCUGUGUACACCUUGAACCUUGGGAGAGCGGCCAGCCAUCUAGCCAGCCAGCCAGCCAGCCAGCCAGCAGCAGCUAUAAGUUGACAUCCGCCCUGUUCCUCCUCUCUGAUCGUGUUGGCCAAACUCCGUCCCCUCGACAUCUGCCUCUCUGUUCAAUUGUUGCCCUGGUCACCAAGUCUUCACUGUACUUCGCAUAAACUAGAUAUCAAAACACCGGUCUUGCCAUGGCUGCUCCCCGUUCGACUUCUCUCAAGGCCCUCAGGUCGCUGUCCCAGCAGCCUUGCCGCUCUCUCCACAUCACCGGCGCCUACUCGGCCCAGGUCGCUACCGGACCAGACGCCAGCACUCUCUACCACUCCAGAACCCUCGCAGACCUCAGAGCAGAGUGCCAGAAGAGGAAUCUCGGUGCCUCUGGAAGUAAAUCAGAGCUUGUUGACCGCCUCUCAAACCACGAUGUUCUCCAGUCUCGUGCAUUCAGCAUUGCAAUGAGGCGCAUUGAUCGUCACGCCUUUGGCCAGCAGCAGUCUUCUUCGUCCAGGCCCUUCAACACAUCUCGGGCCAACAGGUCGCCCCAGGACUCUUCCCCCGUCGACCUCGCCUACAUGCCGACCUUCAUGGAGUCUGGUUCCGCCAUCCAGUCGAUGCCUCGCAUCCCCACCCCUCCAGACUCCUUCACUCACUAUGAGAUGGCCCCAGCCAGCGCUAGUGUGAUGAAGCCUCAGAUAUACACCGUCAGCAGCGACAUGGGCUCCAACGGACCCAGCCCAAUGAGUGAAGUUGUAGACAACCAUGCAUUGGACUUCAACCCUUUCAACCUCACGGAGGCCGUUAGCAGGUCCCGAGAUGGGGCCAGAGCUAGUGCUUCCACUCAAGAGACUGUUGGCGGAGCCGUCAGAGACCUAUGGAGAGGCAUGCUAGAAGACAUCAAGGGGACGAGUCAGAGUAGUAUAUCCCAAUAACCGACUUAUUUUUUUCCUGUUUACACGGUUUUUGUUUUUGGGAUGAGCAUGACUCCCUUUUUUCGUGUUCCAAUUGUCUUAAGUGCUGCCAGGCGGCCAUCUUCUCAUUUUCAUUCGCUAUUUCUUACCCGUUCCCAUUUACCAUAGCUACUUUUUUUACUAUUAACGACUUUCUUUGGCCUGGCUCUGUGUACAUUUUACACUGGUAUCUCGUGAGCACAGACAAAAACAAAACAUCUUUCUCAAAUAACUCGUGUGCUUUGCGGGGCAUGAGCUUUGUCUUCUUCCUU